CAGCCGCGAGGACAGGACCAGUGAUGCCAGAUUGGGGCAUUAAUCCGUUAUUUUAGCGGAAAAUUUUGGUCUUGGCGAGAUUUUGGCGGAAUAGCUGGUGUCUGGAACCGAACAAUGGCUUUCAUAAUACGGCAUUACCUAGCGUGAAAUUCAGGGGUCAAAUAACAAAUAAUGCUCAUCUAUGUAGUUUAUUUAAGGUUCCAUGAAUGAAAUGAAGUGAAAAUAUACUUUGUUGAAUAUUAAUUAGACAGUUCUUUAGAAUUGUUCAAUAACUUUUAUCAAAAUGUUAUUUAUUACUAUGUUUAUAAUAACAAUUAUUCAAAAAGGAUUCUUUUUAUUUUCCUUCAUUUUCUUUGUCUGGAAAGGUAUCAUUUUAGCGUAAAAUAAUUAUUUUCAAUCUGUCGUAAAUUAGAAAAUCACUUCUAGCAGCUCUGGACAAGACAGCUGAUCUGAUUGACACAUUGUGUUGUGUGCUUUACAAGUUACGUGCGUAAAAUAAAUAAAGCCGCAUUUAAUGAAAAUAUCAGCUUAGGAUUUAGUAAAUAAGUGAUUAGUUAAACACAUAAAAUGGGAGAACGAAAGGGUCAAAACCUAUAUUACCCCCCCGACUACGACCCCAAGGUCGGGGGGCUGAACAAAUUCCUUGGCACCCAUGCGUUGAGGGAAAGGGCCAGGAAGCUUCAUAUGGGCAUACUGAUAAUACGCUUCGAAAUGCCAUACAACAUCUGGUGCGACGGCUGCAACAACCAUAUAGGAAUGGGAGUUCGGUAUAAUGCGGAGAAAACAAAAAUCGGCAUGUAUUAUACUACACCGGUGUAUCAGUUCCGAAUGAAAUGUCAUUUAUGCGACAACCACUUUGAAAUAAAAACUGAUCCUGGAAACCUUGACUAUGUUAUCGUAUCUGGAGCGAGACGGCAGGAAAACCGAUGGGACCCCACAGAAAAUGGACAGGUUGUACCAGAAACAAAAGAAACUCAAAAAAAGUUGUUUGAUGAUGCUAUGUUUCGUCUAGAACACAAAACUGGUGAUGAAGACACUGCUAAACAAGAUAAACCGAGGCUAGGCAGGCUUGUGGGAAGAAAUGAGACUGUCUGGAAAGAUGACUAUGAUGCUAAUUGCCUGUUGAGAAGAAAUUUCAGGAAAAGAAGAAAAGAACUCGAAGUUGCCUCGGUUAAUGAUAGCCUGCUCUUAGCAAAAUCAUCAUUAAACAUAGACCUUCUUCCUGAGACAGAGGAAGACAGAAAUAUGGCUUCCCUUUUAUCAUUGAGACCUUCUCGCAGCAUAGAAGAGAAGGAAAGUCAGGUUAGAAAUAAAAUUCUUAAUACUCCAGCCUUGCCAAGCUCCAGUGGACUACUGACCAGCUUUGGUGGCCUGAAAAAAGAAGAAUCAUUAAGCAAAACCUCAAUGUUAUCUAGAAACUCUUUAGGUAUAACAAUAAAAAAAUCUAAACCAGAUAUAAGUACAAGUGAUAAUAAAACAAGCAAUAUAAAUGAAUUAAAGACUGAAAACAUAAAAACAGAUGCAAAUAUAGAACCUAGCAUGAUUCAAAUCAAAUGUGAUAAAACAGAACCUGUUAGUGAAAAUGUUAUGGAAAUCCAGGGCGGGAUCAAAGGUGACAGUAACAUAGAUAUUGCAGGAGAAUCAAAUAGUUUGUCUCUGGUUGGAGACUAUGGUUCCAGCGGUGAAAGUUCAGAUUGAUAUGCUAUCAAAAAAGAAAGUGAUCUAAACCUAUCUAAAACUCAGUUUUUCCGUUUUUAUGGCGUGUAAUUGUCAAUGAACAGCAUGGUUUUAUAAACAAGAGAUCCACCAAAACCAAUUUAUGCGAGAGUCCAUCGAGUCACCAUGGAUAUGGAUAAGGGUAGUCAGGUGAAUGUGGUGUAUACUGACUACUCCAAGGUCUGACAAAAUUCAGCACCCUAUUUUAAUGCAGAGGAUCAGUGAGGCUGGUAUACAUAUACCGUUUACGGUGGAUAAAAUCUUAACUCAGAGACCUUAGUCAGGCAGUUACUGUAAAGAGGCACUGUUCAACUCUUGUCCUGGUCACAUCAGGUGUGCCACAGAUAAGGUCUUGUACUGAAUAUAACAAUAGGUUCACAUCAAUCGAUAUAUUUAACUGUUCUACCAAUCAUUGGAAAAAAUAUAUACACGAUAUAACUUUUAACUUUUUUUUAUUGGUAAAAUAGGGAAGAUGCUAUAUUUUGUUUUCAUUUUAAAGAAUUCCAUGUAGAAUAAACCACAGAUAUAUUAAAAUAUUAAAACAUUGCGAUUUAUCGGAAAAAAUGCGGUUUUAAAUUGACAAUUUAAAUUUUCGCGCGAAAACGAACCUAUGGUUGCGAUGACGUCACUCCUGUCUGUCACUGGUCGUACUUGUUCGUCGCGGGCUUUAAAUUUUCAUACUUUUGCAUAUUUUAUCGACUUUCGAAAUAUUUUUUGAAAAAAUUUAAAAUGGACUAUCCAUCAACAUCAUGUGAUCAUAACAAUACCACUAAUAUUCCGAAAAAAAGCGUGUUGACUCAUGUUUUGUGCCAAUCUACUUCAACAAAGUUUCCAAACAAAUUGUUUUUGACUGGAACUUCUGACCCAAAACUGAAAAAAAAGUGGUUUGAAGCUGCGAAGAGAAAUGACAAUUAUUCUCCAAAGACCAUUAUUCGAUGCUGUGAAGAUCACUUUGACGUAAGUCGGCGAAUAUACUUGUUAUAUGCUUAAUUAAUCUGCUUGUACGUAAAAACGCAUUAGUAACCUACCUAAUACUUACAAAACCUGUCUAUAACAUAUUUUUAAUUUUACAGUUGGAGAAUGACGUCGAAAAUUAGAAAACUUUAAAAUAUGUGGCACAAUCUUCACAUUGGCAGGACUGAACCAAGCUUUGCGUUUCAUUUAAAAUAACUGUAACACGAUAACCUUCUUUACGUACUUUAUGCUCCGGAGAACUCGACCUUUUACUGUACAUAAUUCUCCAUCUCUUUUAAUUUGGACAUAGCCGAUUGCAUUAUCGCCGUAAGAUUUGUAGAAGCCGCUGAAUAAAAUACGAAGUUUAACAACUACGAUUUUUUACAUACCGCAGUAAUUUAGUCCCUUUCAUUUCUACACUUAAAAACUCUGCACUUUUACAAAAAAAGUUAUAACCAUGUCAACGCUAACUCUUGGUAAAUUCCUGGAGUCUGCUUUGAUGCGGAUGUGAACGCAACUUCCAUUUUUAUUAAAUGUAAAAAACGCAAUAAAUAUUUCCAUAAAAUAAUAUUUACUUUAACAACCAUAACCUCAAAGAAGUUGUCAUAACAGGAGUGACGUCACUAAACGCUGAUUGGUGUUUUAAAAUACGUUCCGUUUCAAGUAUUUUUAAUUCGUAAUAAUUGUUAAAAAACAACAUUAUGUAAAAUAAAAACGUUGUAGUGGCAUUUCUUUUAUAUUUUUUUAACAUUUUAAUCAUAUAAUUUUCAUAAAUACUAUAUAUGCAUCUUCCCUAUU